AGAGCCCACCGCUCACGAUGUCCAAUGAAGACGCGAGAUCCGUGCUUGGGGCGGGGCCUGGUGCGUGUUUGAAAGCGAGGCGCCUUGUUGCGGGAAAAUGGAGGAUAGGCCGGUGAUGCGUCACUUGUGCUAUGUAAAGCUACGGGAGGAUGACACUUGUGAGGGCACUAAGACAACUGACGAACCUACUCUUAUGUCUUCCAUGGAGUGGGACACUCAGGUGGUGAAGGGGUCCUCUCCGCUCGGCCCCUCAGGGCUGGAGACGGAGGAGCCACCAUCCGACACGCAGUUGCCGUGGUGGCUGCAGCCCGAGAGGUGCGCCGUGUUCCAGUGUGCGCAGUGCUACGCCGUGCUUGCUGACUCGGUGCACCUCGCCUGGGACCUGUCGCAGCCUCUCGGGGCCGUGGUCUUCUCCAGAGUCACAAAUAACGUGGUUUUGGAAGCUACCUACCUAGUUGGCAUUGAAGGGUCACUCAAAGGCAGCAUUUACAACCUUUUAUUCUGUAGUUCCUGUGGGAUUCCCAUUGGUUUCCAUCUGUAUUCUACCCAUGCUGCCCUGGCUGCCUUGAGAGGUCACUUCUGCCUCUCUAGUGAUAAAAUGGUGUGCUAUCUCUUAAAAACAAAAGCCAUAGUAAAUGCAUCUGAGAUGGAUAUUCACAACAUGCCUCUACCAGAAAAGGUUGCAGAGCUGAAAGAGAAGAUAAUGUUAACGCAUACUCACUUAAAUUCACUGAUGGAGAUUCUGAAGGAAGCGACUCCUGACCAGUCCAAGCCAGAAAACUGACCCAGAACCAAAG